AUGCCUGGGAUUGAGGAGACUCUCACCUACAUCGCCCGCACGGAGGAAACCUGCCUUGAGGUGGUAUCUGAGAUCCACCGAGCCACUGACCUUGCGCUCUGUGCCACAAAGCAGACGGCCCGCUCCAUAGGCCGUGCAAUGGCUGCGCUGGUUGCCAUGGAGAGGCGCCUGUGGCUCAGUUUGACUAAUAUUAAAGAUGAGGAUAUGUACUCUCUCCUGGAAGCCUCGUUGUCACCUCAGGGCUUGUUCGGAUUCAGGCUGAAAGGAAAUAGAGAAACAGAACGCAUCACUGCAUACACAGGAGACUCAGUACUGCUGCCCUGCUCCUGCAUUCCUGAGCUCCACAGAAAACCUGAGAUAUUCACAUGGGAGAAAAUUACAGAUGGAAAUAACUGGACACAGAUACCUCCUGAGAGUGAUGAGUACAAAGAGAGAUUUCAGCUGGUUAAUGAUCACUCUUCAGGAAAUCUCUCUCUGCUCAUAUCACACCUGACUGAACAGGAUGAAGGAGUUUACAGGUGUAAUGUUAAAGGGGAUGAAUACAGAUACAUCAGUCUCACUGUUAAAGGCUGCAGACUGAAAGGAAAUGGAAAGACAGAAUGGAUCACUGCAUACACAGGAGACUCAGUACUGCUGCCCUGCUCCUGCACUGAGCUCCACAGAAAACCUGAGACAUUCACAUGGGAGAAAAGCACGAAGAACUGGGCACAGAUAUCUCCUGAGAGUGAUGAGUACAAAGAGAGAUUUCAGCAGGUUAAUGAUCACUCUACAGGAAAUCUCUCUCUGCUCAUAUCACACCUGACUGAACAGGAUGGAGGACUUUACAGGUGUGGUGUUAAAGGAGAUGAAUACAGAGACGUCAGACUCACUGUUAAAGGCUGCAGGCUGAAAGGAAAUGGAGAGACAGAACGGAUCACUGCAUACACAGGAGGCUCCGUACUGCUGCCCUGCUCCUGCACUGAGCUCCACAGAAAACCUGAGAAAUUCACAUGGGAGAAAAGCACAAAUAACUGGACACAGAUAUCUCCUGAGAGUGAUAAGUACAAAGAGAGAUUUCAGCUGGUUAAUGAUCACUCUUCAGGAAAUCUCUCGCUGCUCAUAUCACACCUGACUGUACAGGAUGGAGGAGAUUACAUGUGUAAUGUUAAUGGGGACGAAUACAGAGAUGUUAAACUCACUGUUAAAGGUUGCAGACUGAAUGAACAGACAGUGGAUGUGACUGGAAUCGUGGGACAGUCUGUCCUUCUGCCCUGCUCCUGCUCUGAACUACAAGCCAAACCACACACUUUCAGAUGGAGCUUUGUUAAAGGAUCUGAUCACAUAAAGAUCUUCCCAAAGGAGCAGACAAAUCUCUACACAGACAGAGUUCAGGUCUUUAAUGAUCAUCCUCCAGGAAAUCUCUCUCUACUCAUAUCACACCUGACUGUAGAGGAUGGAGGAUUUUACAGGUGUGAGAUCAACAACAAAAUCAGUACAGACAUCAAACUCACAGUAAAAGGGGCACCAACAAGACCUUCAUCAUCCACACCAGUGAUCACAACAACUUCACCUCAUUCCAGACCAGGGAUAAACUCUCAAAACAAUAAUCAUCUGUCAGAUCCUCUCAAUACCACCAUCAUCAUCUGUACUGCUGUUGGGGUUUUGCUGCUGCUGCUGAUACUUGGGUUGGUCAUCUUCUGGAAACACAGAGUACAGAGACGAGGACAGAUCGAGAUUAAUGAUGGACAAGCAGGACAGAAGAAGGAGCAGAAUGAUUCUGAUGCUCUGUACACCACCAUGGAUCCAAAAACUAAACACAACAAAGAAGAAGAACAGGAUGGUUUGCUGUACUCGACUGUAGUCCACAGUAACACUGUGAGAGCAGCACACACUCCUGUGGCAUCAGAAGAAGUUACAGUAUACGCCAGCAUCAAAACUAACUAACACACACACACACACACACACACACACACACACACACACACACACACACACACACACACACACACACAAGAAGAAGAAACUAUAAAGAUUAAAUUUUUUAAGGCAUGCUUGAUAUAAUAUGACUCCUUUAGUUCUAUACACACCUGUAAAGGUGACAAAAGCGCUCAGCUUUAGAUGUAACAAACUUUUCUAUGCUGAUUUCUUUUUUAAAAAUAAAUGACAGAAGCUGAAAAGU